GAAGCAUCAGCUCGCACUGCAAAAGUUCAUUUGUUUCUCGAUAACGCACCACGCCAUGGCCGACGAUAAUGGUUAGCUACAAGAAUUUAAGGAAUUAUGACCCUGAGCCGUGGACCAUACAGCGAGCUCGAUAAAAUGAGCCUAUUUCAAGAUUUGAAACUAAAGAGAAGAAAAGUCGACUCAAGAUGUAGCAGCGACGGCGAAUCUAUAGCUGACACGAGCACAUCGUCGCCGGAUCUUCUGCAGCCACUGUCUCCGAAGAUGUGUGAUCAGCAACAGUCUGCGCAUCAAACUCCAAAGUGCACUGCUCCGUUGGCAGCCAGCGAUGAUGGAUUGCAGAAGGAAGCUCCAGAAGCGCUAACUUCGCCACCUACCACACCGUCAACGGCGGACGAAGAGCACGACCAACAGGUGUGCACAUCUGCCAGUAGUAGUUUUGACACUGUUACAAACGAUAUCGCAAGUAGUGAAAGACACGCUAUAAACACCAGCAGCAACAGUUACCAUAGCAAUCGUUUGAAUGGAAAUGAAAUGAAAGAUGGAAAUGCACGUUCCCAUCACCAGCAGGAUGGGUGCAUUUCCGUCAGUUAUCAUGAUGACGAUAGUGACCCUGCCGAUGGCGGUUCGGCACCGAAGCCUUCAAUGAGCGGGUUCGACAACGGUACUUUAGCAAAUGCCGCCAACUUCAAGGACGAUGCCUACGACGGUAGUCAUAGAGCGUCGCCUGAAUUCGCACUCGAAGCUGUACAAGAAGAGCGAACAACCGCUAGAAACGGUAGCCGCGGUAAUACCUCAAACGUAACCGCUGCUAGUGUGAUACGUUCUGUGGCUGAUGAACGGCGACCUCGUUCGGUCAAUCCUCCUACCAUCUCCAUAACAACAUCUACCACUACCAAGGAGCAGCAAACAACUAGUAGUAGUGGUAGUGGUGGUAGCAACGCUCUUAGCACUAAUAAGUGCGAACGACUAGACAGCACUGUCAGUAUCAACCUACAAACCAGCCAUACUACUAAUAACAACAAUAGCAGUGGUGCCACUACUACUAUUACUACUGGUUCUACUACUACAACUGCCAGUACUAGCGAGACUGGUGCUAGUGGUAAAGCACUAGCACCACCACAUCAAUAUCAUCACUACGGUGAGAACUGUGCUAGUGUUGACGAUGACGGUGAUCGUGAUCGGGCAGCACAAAAUGGAAUGGUUGAAAGCAGCGGUGGUGCAAAUCCAACCGUUAGCAAUGUCAGAGUUAUUGCUGGUAGUGCUCAGACGCAGCAGCAGCAGCAGCAACAACAACAACAUGUCACGGUCCUUGUUACUCCGGCUCUAUCGCGGAUGAAAACCAUUCAUCUUACCACCGCAGAGGGAAAGAGCACUGGAAAUGCAGCAACGGCUGCAGCGGCUGCGGCAGCAGCAGCAACGACACUGGUGACAUUAGGAAUGCGGAAGCAGCAAUCGUUGCCACCACUUUCCACAGAGCCAACGUCUCCACCGACAUCAUCGUCUUCAUCGGCAACGGCAUCUUCGUCAUCAAUAUUAACUACGUCCUCAUCGAUAUCAAACUCUAUCAGUACGCCAUCGAAUGGGCGCAAUUUCAACAACAACGGAAUGCUAGACCGGUUGCUGAGCGAGGGCAAUGAAGUGGAUGGUGGUGAGCAGCACAGCAGACAAAGCACACAAUCACCACCAACGAUCGGGUCCUCCACACCCACUGACACCACCACUACUACAGCUACUACCGUGUCGGCCACUAUUGGCUCCGUGUCUCCCUCGGUAUCAUUAUCCUUUCAGCAUCAAACGUCAUCUGCUGGGGCAGGUGGCUUAUCUUCAAAGAUUGUUUCUAGUCAAGCGAACGCCGACGGUGGAGCGAGUGUUGUUGUUGGUGCUGUUCCUAAGAAUCCUAGCCAUCCGCAACAUGUUAUAAUAACGCAGCAGCAAAUGCUUCAAGCGAUGCAGCAGCAAAUACGCAUCAAGAAGGAGCGUCAACAACAGCAGCAGAUGAUAGUUGCAAGUUCUGUAGCGCAAAACAGUCAUCGACCGAUCGGCGCAAGUUUUUCGCCAGUGCAUCAGGCACCGCAGUUGGUUAUCAAACGAGAACGUAGCGUCAGUGGUGGUGGGUUAAAAUUACCGCACGCACCCGGCUCCAUAGCACCACCGCAUGCGACAAUUGUGCGCCAACCUGCCAACAGUCCGGGGCCGAUGGUUUCACCAAUGCAACCACCGUUAUCUCCGCAUCAGCCACUGCCCUACCGUCAGCCGAAUAGUCCUGCGCAGGUAGGUUCGUCUUGUGGCAAUCAGCAGCCUCAAGUGAUUGUGAAGCGUGAGCGUGGAUCAUCGAUGCACCAGCAACAAUUUCAUCAACCUCCUUCUGUUGCAAACGCUGUGUGUGUUAGUGGAUCAAACUCAAUAGGCGGGUUCACCACCAGCAGCAUAAAUGCUACUACAACGUCUUCAAUAGUAUCCACGGUCGGUAGUUUAUCGAUUCGUAAUCCGAUCCGGGAUGCUGCUAUAUUGUUUCGAGUAAAAAAUGAAACAAACGCUGCCAGCGUUCUGGCAAGUCAGCAGCAGCAGCAGCAGCAACAACAACAGCAACAACAACAGCAGCAGCAGCAGCAGCAGCAGCAGCAGCAGCAGCAGCAACAACAACAGCAACAACAACAACAACAGUUGCUGCAGCUUCAACAGCAACAACAACCACACCACCGAAUGGUAUGGCCAGGAUCAGCAGCGUUAGCGGGUCCUGCAGUAGUGUCUUCCGGUGCGGGAGCGUCUCACCGAAUUAAUGGUGUUAAACCAGAAGUAAUUGGUGGCCCGUUACCGCCCAUACGAAGCCAGAUAUCCUCACCGCAUCAGCACACUCAUCAACAGCAACAACAACAAUCUCCCCACCAUCAGCAACAGCAGUCACCACAACAUCAUCAUGGCAGUCCAGGCCCGAUUGCAUCACAAACACCUCCCCGUGCUACCCCUACCGUAAUAAUGGGAGAAUCAUGCGGUGUUCGUACGAUGGUUUGGAGCUACGACAACACACUGCAGCAGAUUCAUAACACGGCUUCAUCCAACACGAUGGGUGGUGGUGGAAACUCGACUGCAGAGACUGUGCCUGGUAUAGCUACGGUGAGUGGCAGCAUGGCGGGCACGCAUCUUCAACAUCAUCAUCAACAGCAAUUGACGCAUCAUCAGCAUUUGCAAAAUCAACACACGGCUGCCGGGUCAAUGAACAACAACCAUCAUCAACAACAAGGCUCACCUCACCAAGCGAAUGGUGGAACGGGAAAUACCGGCAACAGUGGCAUGAUUACGAGCAAUAGCAACAAUGUCUCACCGAACAGCAACAAUGAGGAAGCCGCCCAUCUUCUCUUAAGCUUGGGGCAGUCGGUCGUACCGGCAAGCUCACCAACAGCCGCUGUUGCAGUAGCUGCUGCCGCGGCGGCUGCUGUUGCCGGUCAUACCCAAGCAUGGCAAGCGGCGAAUCAUCCGCGCACCAACUUACCGCUCAAUAUGGAGCGACUGUGGGCCGGUGAUUAUGGCCAAUUUGCAACCGUAGGAUCUCAGCAGCAACAUCAACAGCAGCAAGCGCUAAACCUGACUUCUCAACAGCAGCAGCAGCAGCAGCAGCAACAACAACAACACUUGUCUUGGAGCCUAAGUGGGGCUGGAGCAGUUGGUGGACCGAAAAAGGAAAUAUUGGACGACAUGCCACCGGACGAAGACGACCAACCGUUAGUGUGUAUGAUAUGCGAAGAUAAAGCAACGGGGCUGCAUUAUGGCAUCAUAACGUGCGAAGGCUGCAAAGGAUUUUUCAAGCGAACAGUGCAGAAUCGACGAGUGUACACGUGUGUUGCUGAUGGAACAUGCGAAAUUACAAAGGCGCAGCGUAACCGUUGCCAGUAUUGUAGAUUUAAAAAGUGUAUUGAACAAGGAAUGGUGCUUCAAGCGGUCCGAGAAGAUCGUAUGCCCGGUGGCCGAAACAGUGGAGCUGUCUAUAAUUUGUACAAAGUAAAAUAUAAGAAACAUAAAAAGAACAACCAGAAAUCAUCCAAUACUAAGCUGCAGCAAGGUACUGGUGCCAUUGGAACCGCCAUCACUAGCCUUGGUGACAUCGGUGUCGGUGCUGCCGGCCCACUAGGAGGUGGUAUUGCGUCCGUUGGUAGCGCGGAAAGUCCAAAGUCGACCAAUAUGUAUCACCAUUCGCAUGUAGCAACGCAUCUACAACAACACCACCAUUUGCCAUCGACAACAUCGCCGACGAUGGUAAAAUCAGAGAGCAUGAAUCUGAACAUAAUGAACGGUACCAUCCUGAAGACAGCACUCACCAAUCCGAGCGAGAUCGUGCAUUUACGACACAGGCUGGACAAUGCCGUAAGCUCAUCGAAGGAUCGGUCGAUCUCGUACGAACAAGCCUUGAAUAUGAUACACACCCUUAUUGACUGUGAUGCUAUGGAAGAUAUAGCGACCCUACCGCAUUUUAGUGAAUUCCUCGCAGAUAAGUCAGAGAUUGGCGACAAGCUGUGCAACAUUGGCGACUCGAUCGUGCACAAGCUGGUCUCGUGGACGCGGAAGCUUCCGUUCUACACGGACAUUCCUGUCGAAAUACAUACCAAACUGCUGACGGACAAGUGGCAUGAGAUAUUGGUAUUAACUACGGCAGCCUACCAAGCGAUGCAUGGUAAGAAAAACACCAGCACCACGCAAACGCAAAGCAGUAGUGGAGGGAUCGUGCUAGCGCCGGACAAAAACGAUCCCGAAUUCACUGAAGAGAUAACCUCUCACUUGCAUACGCUACAAUCCUGCCUUACCACCCUUAUGGGACAUCCCAUCUCUAUCGAACAACUCAAGAUCGACGUCGGCCAGAUGGUAGAAAAAAUGACGCAGAUUACGAUAAUGUUUCGUAGGAUUAAACUCAAAAUGGAAGAGUAUGUUUGCCUGAAGGUGUACAUUCUGCUUAAUAAAGAAGUUGAGUUGGAAAGUAUUCAGGAAAGAUACAUACAAGUACUUAGAAGCUAUCUACAACACACCGUUCCGCACAAUCCCAACCGACUGAGUGAUCUUUUGGCACAUAUUCCUGAGAUUCAAACGGCAGCUAGUUUGCUCCUGGAGAGCAAAAUGUUUUACGUACCCUUCGUUCUAAAUUCGGCCAACAUCAGGUAGCGAAUGAUCGAUUGUGACGUGACGUUAACAUCGAACACUCAUCGAAGAGUUUCUUGCGACGAGCGUAUUACAACCAAUCCAAAGAAAUCGGAGCAAAUUUUUACACACUGUGACAAGGCGAUCGG